CUAAAUUGAUGAUUUUAUAAAGCAUGUUAUGCGUCUAAUAAGGCCCACUACAGUAGGUCAUGGGCCUUAUUAACCGACCUUUGUUAUACAACUUGAUUUUUGUUUCUACUCACAGAUCGAAUAAAAAUGCCUCCACGUCGAGCUCCGUGGACUCAAGAAAACUUGCGUUCUGCUAUGGCAGCCGUACAACGAGGGCAGUUGACGCAGCGUGGUGCAGCAGAGCGAUAUAAUAUACCUAGACGUACGCUAAGGAACCACUUGAAAAGUGGAAAUACAAUGCGAUGUUUAGGACGCCGUUCAAUUAUGACUGAAGCUCAAGAAUGUGAUCUUGUCAACAGAAUCAUAAGAUUUGCAAAUAUAGGGAUGCCACUUACUCCAAAGCUUAUUCGCAGACAAGCAUUCAUUUUUUGUGAAAAAUAUGAGCUAAAACAUAACUUCAACGCAGACAUUGGCCUUGCUGGCAAAGACUGGCUAAAGAUGUUUUUGAAACGGCAUCCAGAAAUUUCAAAGAGAAAGGCACAGUUCAUGAAUCCAGCUAGGGCGCAAAAGCUAAACAGACCAAUCGUUAGCCAACACUUCUCAGAAAUCCAAAAAAUUUAUGACGAGCUUGAAAUUAUAACACACCCGCAAAGACUUUACAACAUAGACGAAAAGGGAUGUCGGUUGACUGUUCAUAAUCAACAGACUGUUCUAGCACAAAGAGGAGCUCGACGAGUCCAUUUAAUAGCGCCAGAGCAUGCUCAAAAUGUCACGAUCGCAAUGUGUGUCAAUGCUGUCGGGACCGCUAUUCCACCGAUGAUAAUAUUUAAAGGACAGAGGCAGAAACCUGAAUUUAGUGACAAUUUACCCGCGGGGAGUUUCGUGAAGAUGUCAGCAAAAGGGAGCAUGACAACUGAACUAUUCGUGGAGUUCAUUAAACAUUUGGCAAAAUAUAAGACUCAAGGAAAAAUUUUGUUGAUCUUCGAUGGAGCGUCAUCGCACUUAGAUUACACGAUCGUUGAGGAAGCAGACCGGCAUGACAUAGUCCUUUAUUGUCACCCGAGUAAUACUACGCACGAGCUGCAACCUCUGGACAAAUCUGUGAAUAAGUCUUUUGAACAUUAUUGGGAUCAAGAGGUUUUAAGAUACAUGUAUCAAAAUCCUGAAAGACGCAUAACGAAAACCAGUUUUAAUACAAUUUUCACAAAGGUGUGGUCACAGUGUUUGACUCACGACAAUAUAGUAAACGGGUUUCGAGCUACGGGCUUGUACCCUUUCAACCCUGACAUAUUACCUGACGAGGCAUUUGCUCCAUCAAUUUUAACAGAGCUGCCUCCACCAACAGAACCCAGCGCUUUAGUAGGCUCAAACACAGAUCAUCCAGAUAAUUAUACUGUCAAUCAGCCAGAAGAACAGCUUCGAAACGAGGAUGAUUCUCAAUCUCAUUUGGAGCAGGUUCCUGAUUUACCCGAGAAAAGUCCUGCUCAAAGCGCCAUGGAUCUAAAUAAUUUGUCGGUCUUAACUAACCAAGAGCAUGAAGACACUAUUCAAUCAUCUGAAAAUAUCUUGAAUGAUGUAGAAACAACACCAAAGAAGGCACAAAUCAUUGUUACUCCGACCCAGUCACCAAAACCAUCCACUUCAGGACUUCACAGGGCUCCUAUAUAUCGUCGUCCAAUAAUUUACAGCUCAGGAUCCGAGACAGACUCUGAAACAAAUAUUGAAUUGCAGAUAACACAACUGGCAUUAAACAAAUCAUCACUGGCCAUGGAUAAUAUAUAUGGUUCUGAAGAAAAUAUCGAAGACAGCGACGAUUUUAGUUCUGAUGACAACGUACCUUUGGCGAACCUCAAAGACAAUAAAUUUAGGUCUCCUUUUCAAGAACUACUGCCAACGCCAAACUACGCUGUGACAAAGAAUAAACCUAGGAGAAAAGCCAUCAAUUAUAAAGGCCAACGAGUCACCAAAGAUCUGUUUAAGGAACAAGAAACAUUGAAAGAAAAUAAGUUGACAAAGAAAAGAAAACCUAAAGAAUCAAAGAAGACUAAAAAUGAAAAAAAGAAACGAUCUAAAGGGGAUAAAAGAAAAAGAAGCAAUCUAUCGGUAGAGGAAUCUUGGUUCUGCCCAGCUUGCAAUGAAAAUCGUGUGUCUGAUAUGAGACAGUGUGUUAAAUGCAGAAUAUGGUACCACGAAGAAUGCCUAGGGCUAACCAAAAAUGAUAAAGAUUUUUUUUACUGUCAAAACUGUGAUGAAUAAGUAUAGUUCCCAAAGGAGUACCUAUUUUUUCCUAAAUAUUUGUGUGUAUAAUGGUAAAUUCUUAGUUGUUGAAGUACGAUAACUUCUAAACUAAUUUAAUUCCAACAGUUCCUAAUCAAAAGCCUGAUUUAGAAUAUGUUAUUACUAGUCUUAGUAUAAGAAAUUUUGUGAUAACUUAAUAAGUGGCCUUAUUACCCCCUGGGGGAUAAAAAGGCCCAUUGUUAUUAUCUCUUAAGAUUAUGUGAAGAAAACAUUUUCAUUUGUUCUAUUAGCUGAAAAGUGCCAUAAACGUUAUGUUUCGUUGAUUAUUUCAUAAGAAAAUAAAAAAAUAUUUUUGGGCCUUAAUUUACUAUGGUAGUUUAAUAAGGCCCACGGUAAGUGUUUUUAAAAAUGGUUAUGUUUCUUUUCAUACUGUUUUUUGUAUUACUAUUAACCUUUUAUUUUAAUCGCAAAUAAAUAAACAUUCAUAUGAACUAGACUUCUUUAAUUUUUUUACAACAAUUUCUGAGUUAUUUGGUUUUAAAAUUAGGUGGGCCUUAUUUGCCGCAGGUACCUUACAUAUAAUAUUCAUUCAUUACAUACUCAUGUUUUUGUGCUUUAUUUAAUACGUGUUAUGUAUAUUUAUCGUAACAUAACAAGAUCACGCCAUACCUCGAAAGGCAGAGGUGUAGUUUCUAAUGUAUCAAUAAGUGUAUGCAUAUGUUUUUUU